AUGGGUUUAAACAAAACUAAAAAACAACUAAGUAAUAAAAAUAAACAAAGAGCAGAUACAAGUGAAAAAGAAGACUCAAACCAGUCUAAGAUAGAGUUUGAAAUAAAUGAAAAUGGAUCAGAUUUUAACAUUGAUAAUGAGACUUUUGUAACAAAAAAUAUUUUAGCUUUACUUAA